AUGGCCUCGAUAAAACGCAUUACGGAGCACUUGGACAAGCCGGAGUUAGAUGACCGCUCGUACCGCGUCAUUCGUCUCCCAAACAAGCUGGAGGCCCUUCUUGUUCAUGACCCUGAUACGGACAAGGCAAGCGCAGCCGUCAAUGUGAAUGUUGGCAAUUUUUCAGACGCAGAUGAUAUGCCAGGCAUGGCUCAUGCUGUUGAGCAUUUACUUUUCAUGGGAACAGAAAAGUAUCCUAAAGAAAACGCAUACAACCAAUACCUAGCAUCCCAUUCUGGAUCGUCUAACGCUUACACUGCUGCCACGGAGACGAACUACUUUUUUGAAGUGUCUGCCACUUCGGAGUCGAGUGAUGGGUCGUCGAGUGGCAACAGUACCCCGACAAACGGGACAAACACUACCGGACAGACAGACGGCUCUGAAUCCCCGAAUAGUAGUAAACCAUCCCCUUUAUAUGGCGCUCUCGAUCGUUUUGCGCAAUUUUUCGUGUCGCCUCUUUUCUUAGAGUCAACGCUGGACCGCGAGCUGAGGGCAGUAGAUUCUGAAAACAAGAAGAACCUACAAAGCGACCUGUGGCGUUUAAUGCAGCUAAACAAAUCUCUCUCGAAUCCAGCGCAUCCUUAUCACCAUUUCUCCACCGGAAAUUUGCAGACGUUGAAAGAAGAGCCGCAAAAACGCGGGCUGAACGUUCGCGAUGAGUUCAUCAAAUUCUAUGAGAAGCAUUACUCAUCUAAUCGGAUGAAGCUGGUGGUUCUGGGCCGUGAAACAUUGGAUGAAAUGGAGCAAUGGGUUGGAGAUCUCUUUGCUGGCGUAAAGAAUAAAGAUCUUCCACAAAACCGCUGGGACGAUGUUCAGCCUUGGCUAGCCGACGAUAUGUGUAAACAGGUUUUUGCCAAGCCUGUAAUGGAUACUCGUUCGCUUGACAUCUACUUCCCUUUCCUAGACGAGGAGCAUAUGUAUGAGUCCCAACCAAGCCGGUAUAUCAGUCACUUGAUUGGUCAUGAGGGUCCCGGCAGUAUUCUGGCUUAUGUGAAGGCAAAGGGUUGGGCCAACGGCCUAUCUGCUGGUGUUAUGCCCAUUUGCCCUGGAUCUGCAUUUUUCACUGUCUCGAUACGGUUGACAAAGGAGGGUUUACGGCAAUACCGUGAAGUCGCAAAGGCGGUGUUUGAAUACAUUGCGCUGAUCAAGGAACGGGAGCCCGAGCAGUGGAUCUUCGACGAAAUGAAGAAUCUAGCCGAGGUUGAAUUCCGGUUCAAACAGAAGACACCGGCCAGCCGAUUUACUAGUCGCCUGAGUAGCGUCAUGCAGAAGCCAUUGCCCCGGGACUGGUUGCUCAGCGGCUCGCUCCUGAGGAGCUACAACCCGGAGUUGAUCAAGAAGGCACUGUCGUACUUGCGCGCCGAUAACUUCAGAAUGGUUGUCGUUGCUCAAGACUACCCGGGAGACUGGGACCUUAAGGAGAAAUGGUACGGCACCGAAUACAAGGUCGAGGACGUCCCGAAAGACUUCUUGGCUGAGAUUCAGAAAGCCUUGAAUAGCACCCCGGAAACCAGGCUCUCUGAACUGCACAUGCCCCAUAAAAACGAGUUCGUCCCCACCCGACUCUCUGUGGAGAAGAAGGAGGUCUCGGAGCCAGCAAAGACACCAAAGCUGAUUCGCCAUGAUGAUCAUGUACGACUCUGGUUUAAGAAGGACGAUCGGUUUUGGGUGCCAAAAGCCACUCUCCAUGUCACUCUCCGGAAUCCACUGGUGUGGGCUACUCCCGCGAACCUUGUAAAGUCAAAGUUCUAUUGUGAGCUUGUCAGAGACGCUUUGGUGGAAUAUUCCUACGAUGCUGAGCUUGCCGGACUGGACUAUAACCUUUCUGCCAGUAUCUUUGGGCUUGAUGUGUCGGUUGGUGGAUAUAAUGACAAAAUGGCAGUUCUUCUGGAGAAGGUACUCACUAGCAUGCGUGAUCUAGUUGUCAGUCCAGACCGGUUCCACGUCAUUAAGGAACGCUUGUCACGAGGAUAUAAGAACGCGGAGUAUCAGCAGCCAUUCUAUCAAGUUGGCGACUACACCCGGUAUCUGACUGCCGAGAAAGCAUGGCUCAACGAGCAAUACGCUGCUGAACUAGAACACAUCGAGCCCGAGGAUAUCUCGUGUUUCUUCCCCCAGUUGCUCCGCCAAAAUCAUAUCGAGGUGUUGGCGCACGGCAACGUGUACAAAGAGGAUGCACUUCGAAUGACGGAUUCUGUGGAGAGCAUUCUUAAGAGCCGUCCCUUGCCCCAGUCUCAAUGGCAUGUGAGGCGCAACGUGAUCAUCCCUCCCGGGUCCGACUUUGUCUAUGAGCGGGAACUGAAGGAUCCCGCAAACGUCAACCAUUGCAUAGAAUACUAUCUGUUUGUCGGAAAUAUGACAGACGACGCUCUCCGAGCGAAGCUUUUGCUAUUCGCCCAAAUGACUGACGAGCCUGCGUUCGACCAACUCCGAAGCAAGGAGCAACUGGGGUACGUCGUUUGGAGUGGUGCACGUUAUUCGGCGACGACUAUCGGGUAUCGAGUCAUUAUCCAGAGUGAGCGCACUGCCAAGUAUCUGGAAUCCAGAAUUAAUGCAUUCCUGAGCAACUUUGGCAAGGUCUUAGAGGAGAUGUCCGAUGAAGAAUUUGAGGGCCACAAGCGGAGUGUCGUCAACAAGCGCUUAGAGAAACUUAAGAAUCUGGGCUCUGAGACCACUCGGUUCUGGACCCAUGUUGGUUCUGAAUAUUUCGACUUCCUGCAGAACGAGUCUGACGCUGCUAACGUCCGGUCCUUGAGCAAAUCUGACCUGAGCAAAUUCUAUCAACAGUACAUUGAUCCCGAGUCAACCACACGGGGUAAGCUUUCAGUGCACCUAAAGGCUCAGGCUGGCGCCGAUACAACAGAGCCAAACGAGCAGACCUCUGCGUUAUCGUCGCUACUUGCGAAGCAGUUGGAGACUGCCGGGUUUGCUGUGGAUAACGAUCGCCUGAAGAUCGUGAUCGAGAAACUCGAUAUUUCCGCUGGGAACAAGGGUCAGAUUUUGGCUACUUUCAAGACAUUCCUUGCCUCUGAGGCGAAUCUGUCCGAGGAGCAAAUCAAGCCGGUCCUUGAACAGGCGGAACAGAACAUAGGCUUGCACUUAAAGCAAGUCGGUCUUGAGUCCGACAAAGAAGUAUCCGUGACGAAUGGCGUUGGAAAACUUGGAGAAAACCAGGACCCGACCUAUAUCACCAAUGUUUCCGAGUUCAAGGCACGCCUUGCUGUCAGCGCUGGCCCGAGCCCGGUGACGGACUUGAGCGAAUAUGAGGACUUUGAUGCUAAGCUCUAA